UUAUUAUUUGAAAAAUAUCACAAGCCAAAUGAAGCUUACAACUGUUGUGGUCAAGGAAAAUCAAACCGUGUUAAGAAGCUAAGCAAACAAAAAGCGACGCACAAACAAUAUUUAAUCGAGCCGCAGGCAAAUUUGAUAGCCGAGAGAGUGGAGCAGAGCUAAGUAGGGCAGCUCGCGGGGACUCGCGUGGAGAGAUGCACUUAAGCCAGGCCACGAGGCCAACGUUGGUGCUCCUGGCUGGGGAAAGUGGCAAGGCAACGGCAAGUUGAUGUUGCUCCCGUCUUGGCAUCUAAUUGGGGCCCUCCUAGUGCUCACGGCAACAGCGGGGGACUCCACCAACAAGAUCAUCUUGCCGCAGAUACUCAACGCCAGCGUCGGCGGCGGCAGCAACAGCGGCAGCGGCGCCUACGGCGGCAGCAGCAAGCAUCUCAGUGGCAGCAAAUCAGCGGUACCCGCAACUGGCAGCGGUGGCGCCACCGCCACCGCCACCGCCACCGCCAAUGGCAACACCGUUCUAAGCAGCAAUGGUGUAAUUGUCGCCGGCGGUAUGCCCAAUGCGCCCACAUCGAAUUUAAAUAUUGUUGUUGAAGAACCCGAAUUUACUGAAUACAUCGAAAAUGUAACUGUACCUGCUGGAAGAAAUGUCAAACUGGGCUGCUCGGUUAAAAAUCUUGGCUCAUACAAGGUCGCUUGGAUGCACUUUGAACAAUCAGCCAUACUCACCGUGCACAAUCACGUGAUCACGCGCAAUCCACGCAUCAGUGUCACGCACGACAAGCACGACAGACAUCGCACCUGGUACCUGCACAUCAAUAAUGUGCACGAGGAGGACAAGGGGCGUUACAUGUGCCAGAUCAAUACGGUGACGGCCAAAACGCAGUUCGGCUAUCUGAAUGUUGUGGUGCCACCAAAUAUCGAUGAUUCGCUGAGCUCCAGCGAUGUCAUCGUGCGCGAGGGCGCCAACAUUUCGCUGAGAUGCCGGGCCAGUGGCAGUCCCCGACCCAUUAUCAAAUGGAAACGUGAUGAUAAUUCGCGCAUAGCCAUCAAUAAGAAUCACAUAGUGAAUGAAUGGGAGGGCGACACGCUGGAGAUAACCCGCAUCUCACGCCUGGACAUGGGCGCAUAUCUCUGCAUUGCAUCCAAUGGCGUACCCCCAACGGUUUCCAAGCGCAUCAAAGUCAGCGUGGACUUUCCGCCCAUGUUGCUCAUACCACAUCAAUUGGUUGGCGCUCCCGAAGGUUUCAAUGUUACCAUCGAAUGUUUUACGGAGGCGCAUCCAACAUCCUUGAAUUACUGGACACGCGGCGAGGGACCAAUCAUACAUGAUUCGUAUAAAUACAAAGUCGAAUCAAGCGUCGGCGUGCCCGCUUACAAAACGCACAUGAAGCUGACUAUUAUAAAUGUCGGCAGCGGGGAUGAUGGCAUCUAUAAAUGCGUGGCCAAGAAUCCCAGAGGCGAAACGGAUGGCAUUAUACGAUUAUAUGUUUCUUAUCCGCCAACGACUGCCUCUUCGGGCUUCUACACAAGCGAAUCGCAUUGGGGCGAAGGCGGCAGCAAUAAUAUCGGCUAUGGCAAUUCCGAUGCCACGCGUUCCAAUUACGGUCAGGAUAAAAAUACGCGUUAUCAAUCGAAUUUGAAUGAAAUCGGUUUAUCAGAACAAAAAUCCUUCCUAGAUAAAACGCAGAAUGCGGUAACCGGAAAUGGCAAUUCCCCUGGCGCCGCCGUCGUCAGCAGCGCCGACAGCGACGCCAACUGCGCUGUCGCCAUAGCGUGGCUCGCUCUGCUGCCAACAUUGUUAAUAACGGUGCGCGGAGAGGUUUGUGCAAGACUUAGUUUAAGUGUAUGUUAACUUUGAGCUACAUAUCUAUUUGAUGUAAGGCUUUCAUCUAGCGUAUGAAUGAUACAUAUAUAUAUAUAUAUACACUAAGUAAUACAAGCUACUCGUAUAGCCCCUAGUCAACAAGACCCUAGUUAUGAUCCGCCCCCGAAACGCAUAACGCAACUAAGCCAAAUAGAGCUUGCUGCAAUAAUAAUGUGGCAACCCUGUGUGUGAACCUAACAAAUAUAUUAGCUUAUCAUAUAUAGUAAAUAUAUAUAAAUAUAUAUAUAUAUGUAUAGUUAAAAUUUAUAAACUUUCACAAGGGUAAACAAUUGCAAUUUAAUUUUGCUUUAAUGCUGUGCUUAAAGAUGAGAAGAUAAAACAAAAAAGUAUAUAAACCAAUUUGAUGCACUCAAUUAGAGUCAAAGAGUUUAAAUAAUUAUAUGAUGAUAUAUAUAUUUGUGCGUUAAACGCUGAUGGCAUUUUUAUACACACCCUCACACAAACACACACACGCACCAGAUAGUUGUCAUGCUUAUGCCUUAAGGUAUGCAACAUUAAAAUGCGAAUUAUACAAGUAUUGUUAGAGCAAAAACAACAACAUAUCGAGAAUAAAAAUCAUUUAAAUUAGAGUACAUAAAUAUAUACAUAAACAAAGGAUGUUCGACUGUGUGUAUUUACGUUUUGGUGCACCUAAUUAUAAUUGCAUUGUUCAGUUGAAGCAAAGUUGUAGACUCUUAUAUGUUGGAAUGAAUCGAAGGUAUUAUAAAUAGGCUGUUUAAGGUAGUCUAUGGUCAAGCGCUUUAUAGCUGAUGCUGGUCUCAAGAUGAAUGUAUAUGUGUUGUAGAGUUAAUAGGCUUCAGUCACGAAAUCUUCGAUAUCUAAUAUGUCAUAUUAUUAAAACAUGUUCCAAAACAUCCAGCAUACCUUAAACUUCCUCAGAGAAAAAAUAUCCAUAAGAAAUCAUUAUAAUAAUGCCUAAAACUGUGAGCGCAUUCCAGAAGUUAAUUUCAAUGAAUUAUAUUCUGCCUUGGAACCAUGAAAAACUAUUUUGCCAAAUAACCUCUAUUCUUCAGUUUAUCAGAGUUUAAUCUGAAUAUAAUCAGGUAUAAUUGCCAUUGAAUAGACCCUGCUUAUAAUGCUAAAUAACCCAAUCGAAUGCGCAAACUGGAUAUUUAAUAUAGUUUUGUUUCAUUUUACUCAUCUAUUUGUUAAAAUAUUUAAGCCUUAACGUAAGUGAAUUGUAACUAAAGCUUAUAUAUUAGUGUAAAAAAAAAAUAUACUUAAUGAGAAUGUUUAACAUUUAA